CAGACUUCAUGUUGCCACACGAGGACCAGACAUCAAGUUAAAGAGGUGGACAUGGGCACAUGGCUAUUCUUCAACCUUGCUUCUGCAAUUCCAUUUUCUUCUUCUUCUGCAGGUCCUCGUUCACGGUGUCAUGCUAUGUUUGAUGCUGCUGUGAAAACAGGUUCCGCAGGGGUGGCUGCUUUUGUUUUGUUUGACGAUUCUGGAGGUCUGCAGGUGGCAAAGGCUCAACAUUAUGCUGGGAUUGAGAAUCCUUAUAUUUUGGAAUCUUUGGCUUUACGUGACUGUCUGCAGGAAUAUGUGCGCCGCCGGCUCCGUAAUGUGGUUGUUGGAGGUGAUGCUAAGGUCGUUAUUGAUAAAUGUCGUCACUUUGACACUUCGGACGGCAAGAUCGGUGCUAUACUAGGUGAUCUUGGAGACUCGCAAGUACUUUUCAUAGGUCGUAACUUCAACAGAGUGGCUCAUUCCGUGGCCCGUCGUGCUCUGAGUUUGUCACCUCCCUUUCAAAGGGGGUUUGAUUAUGUAGCCUGGUACAAUAGUAGAUAGUUUGGUUGUAAACUUGGAUCGAUUCUGUAUCCUCUUUUUAUGAGUGAUCGUUUGGGAAAGAAAAAACACCAGACUUCAUCCCAUAACGAAAGUACCUUAAAACGAAAUUGCCUUUUGGAUCCAUCGAACGUCACAAAUAUUCUCCUCGAUCUCAAAGCAAUGUAAUGGAAGAAGCAUGAUCAUCGUCAAUUCGUCAUACUUCAUUUGCCAAGAAACAGAAAGGGAAGAA